AUGGACGAACGUCUCGUCUGCUGGCCCCUCGUCGCCCUCUGGCUCCUCUUUGGAACUCUCGGCGGAGUCCCCGUGUUCCCAGUGAACUGGGCUUUGGAUUGGGCCUGUGGCUUUUCCGUCCCUAGCACUUUUUACUUGGUCUACACCCUCGUUGAUCCGGAACUCGGCGAUAGUCCAGAGGCGCCCGAAGUCCACACGGAGCCAGAGAUGGCCGCGCCCUCGUUCACUCCUGACGUUGAUGACGGAGCGGACAACGGCCCUCUGGUUCUCUCACCACCCUCGACUCCUCCUCCUCUCCCCGGCAACUUCACGGCGUUGACCUUCCGGCCAGCUCUCCCUGCCAAUGCGCCAACUUUCGCGGCGCAGACCGUUCGGCCACGCACCCGGAGACCGGCCUUAUCCUCUCGCAGGCCCGUACUGCCCCCAUCUCUCCGCAGGCCCGCAGCGCAGCCUGUUUAUGUUGAUCCGGCUGAGGUGGAACAGAUGGAGCUAAGCCAUAGGUCCAUGGAGUACCAGGCGAAGAUUUCAAAGGGGGUCAUGAAAGCAGCGGUUGCCUCGGCGAGGGUGCAGUCGGAGGUGCAGGCGGAAGCCGAGGGCCGGUAA